UCCCCCUAUUCGCAGCUUCCACAAGGGGUAAACUGGGCAGUGGGAAUUAGCAAAAAGGGCAAAGCCAAAACUACACGCAGCAGAUCAGCGCGGCUUCCUGCUUUUCAUCUCUCUAUCUCUCUAUAACUCCCAUCAGUCAGCCAAAAACAAAAAGGAUGACCAGAAAAUAAGGAGUGUUGACGCUUCCUUCUUCCGUCAACAUCACUGCAAAUCAUCCACAUCUCUUUCUCUCUGUAGCCUUUGAACCUUUCAAUGAGCUAAAAGGCACAGUGUCUCUCUACUAUCCGAGCAGUAAAUGCGGGCACCUCCUUACCUGUGCUUUCACUAUCUUCACUCAGAUUUGGCUCAUGUGACAAUCAGCGCUGAAGAGUAGCAUCAAGUUGGUGAAACUUGCAUUUUUUGUUUAUUUUGUGGCGCAUGUUAGGGUUUUGAUGAGGAAAUGGAGGCGAGAAUGAAGAAGUACAGGCAAUUGAGCCCGGAAAGAGCAAAAGUGUGGACGGAGAGGUCGCUGAAGUACCACCAGAAUAGGAAAGUUCCUGUCGUUUAUUAUCUCUGUAGGAAUCGCCAGCUUGAACAUCCUCACUUCAUUGAAGUCCCUCUCUCUUCGCCGGACGGUCUCCACCUGAGAGAUGUGAUCGAGAGGCUUAAUGUGUUGAGAGGUACAGGGAUGGCUUCUAUGUACUCAUGGUCCUGUAAGAGAAGCUACAAAAAUGGAUUUGUUUGGCAUGAUCUUUGCGAAGAUGACCUGAUUCUUCCUGCUCAUGGAAGUGAAUACGUUCUCAAAGGCUCUGAACUCUUUGAAGAAACGAAUUCUGGCAUGAUUUCUACAGAUCGUUUUGCCCCUCUCGGAACCAUGAAAAUUCAAAAUCUGAAACAGUUGCCAGAACCAGCAUCUUCUAGAUGUCAAGAUGAUUCCUCGUCAUCUUCAAGCAUGAAUGGUAAGGAGACAAAACAUUCUCAGGAUGAUGAGCUCUCCCCUACUCUUCAGCGUCCUGGCUCCUCUGCUGUGUCACCAGAGUCUAGAGAUGGCAAGAAUUCCUCUUGGAAUGGUUCUCUAAGACUGACAGAGUACAAGAUUUAUAAGAGUGAUGGAUUAGCAGAUGCUUCUACCCAGACUGAGGAAAAUGUGAGCAGACCUAAAUCUCGAGAAACUUGCACAAGGGGUGUUUCAACUGAUGAUAACUCAUCAGAACAUGAAUAUAAUAAUAAUUAUCAAAACCGGGUUCCAUGCGUUAAGGAGAAGUCUGAUAUAAGUGAGAAUUCAGUUUCCCCUCCCCCGUCAUCCUCUAGUGCAUCUUCAUCAGGUGGAAAGACUGAAACUUUGGAGUCCCUUAUUAGAGCUGAUGUUAAUAAAAUCAACAGUUUUAGGAUCCUUGAAGAGGAAGAAAUUCGAAUGCCAGCCAAUUCAAAGAUCAAGGCCACUAAUAUGUUGAUGCAAUUGAUCUCCUGUGGGUCAAUUUCAGUGAAAGAUCACAGUUUUGGACUUGUACCAACCUACAGGCCAAGGUUUUCUCAUUCAAAAUUUGCUUCUCCAUUGUUCUCUACUUCCAUAUCAUUAGGGGAGCUUGAUUGCCUCUCAGAGAAUCCAAGGUUGAUAGGUCUACGAUUGGAAGAUAAGGAAUAUUUCAGUGGGAGCCUCGUUGAGACAAAAAUGCUCAAGGAAGAAGGAGAUGGACUGAGUACUCUGAAGCGUUCUUCUUCCUACAGCGCGGACAGGACUUGUAAGCAAAUGGAUUCAGCUGAGAACAAUGACGAGUCAACCUCUGCACACUCAAAAUGCAUUCCGAGAUCAAUAAAAGCCUCAAUAAGCAAGCAACCAAGAAGUGAAUCUAUGAGAUCACCCAUUUUUGAUAAACCUCGAAAAUCUUCUGAAGAGACCAGUAGCUCUGAAGCCAUACACAGUAGCACAUCAAAUGGCAGCAGCAAAAGAAUCGUAGAACAUGUUUCGUGCAAAAGCCAAUCAAAGAAGCUGGAUUCCUUCAGAGAAGAGAAAGAGAAAGUGAUCAAAAUAGAAGAAAGGCUUGCUUCAGGAGCUCGGGUUAUAAUCCAAUCCAAAGCACCUUGUGAUGCAGCUGUUUGCAGCUCGUAGAGCAGAACAUUUUGAAGGCAAAAAUCAGGUAAAGAAAUUGUUUCCGUUCAGCAAAAAAAUCAUAUUCAAUUAUGUAAAAGCAAAACUACUAGUUUUAAAACUUGGUUUGAAUUUCAAAUGAUGAUGAUUUCUUGGCGGGUCCAAUGUGAUGAUUCUGUAAAAUCUAAAUCACUUAUUUGCACGGAGUAAGUUCAGGCGCGGUCCACUCGGGGAUCAGCAUUCUUAAAUGGGAUGGUACCUUUUCAUUCAACUAA